UGUAGCUUCUCUUUUAAAAAUUAAAAAAUAAAAAUAAAAAUCUUACAUCUAUUUUUUUUAGUAAUGAAAAUCUUAACUGCAUAAGAGAACCGUCAGUUCUACGAACAUGUAGAACCUCUAGAUUUUAUUGGCUCUUACAAUGCGAUUAUUACUCACAUAUAUAAACAUUGAAAAAAACUUUCUUGUGUUUACAUCUCAAUUUAAUUUUUUUUUUUUCAAACUUUUACAUCCCAAUUCCAGCAGGUCCAGAGAAAGGAAAAAAACAAAACAAUUUCUCUGAGAAAAAUAUGAAAACCAUGACUUCACGAAAAUUGAAUUGCUGUUCAUUAUUAACCAUGGCUAUCAUUCUUGUCCUCACAAAGAGGAGCGAGGCUCAUAGCGAAGUUCCGGUGAGCCCAUAUUGCAAGACUUGCACUAUACCAAAUUUGUGCAACAGGGUUGUCAAUGGGGCAGCAAAUUGGAACGAAGCAAUGGUUAAGAGCAUAAACGCAUGUACACAAAUUUCAUACAGGAUUCAAAAUGUGACCACCAACAUUCUUCCACAAAUCACAGGGAUUGAACCACAAUCAAAAAUAUCAAUUCAAAAUACAUGUAAAGAGGCUAUGGAUAGUGCAGUAAGUGAUCUUAAAGAAGCCAUGAAGGCACUCACUAAGAAUGAUCCAGGAACAAUGCUCACUAAUUUAGCAUCUUUGCACACUGAUUGUGCUGAUGCAUUGGAACAAUUUGGGAUCAAGUUUUCGCCCCUCAAUAAAGUUGUUGGCCGUUACCUUAAGUUUAUGUCCGUUGCCUUGUCCGUUGCGCAAUGUCCACAGUGAACUUCUUCUCGGUUAAUGUACUGCUUGGCGAUAAUUACAAAGGAGUUCAAAUUUAAACGAAUGUAAUGCAGUUACAAGAUCAUUGAAACUGCUUGGUCUUCUUUUUUUUUUUUGCUGGAUCUUCAUACAUGCUAAAUUGUCUCUUAUUUGUCAAGAAAAUAUGAGUAUUACACACUUUCAA